AAGGGAGAUUUAGGAGUAAAUAAAGGGAGGCGAUAUGAACACCCGAUACUUUCAUAAUGCUGUCAAACAUCGCAGGAGGAAGAAUAAAAUUGAGGGGUUCCGGCUGGACGAUGGGCGAUGGGAGAAGGAUAGGGCUGCGGUUGGGGGUUUAAUUGCUGAUUAUUUUAAUAAUAUUUUUACCGCAGGUAUCGGAAGUGGUGAUUUUGUUUUCGGGUGUGUUCAAAGGAAGUUACAUGAUAUCCAUAAUAGCGAUCUGCUACGCCCUAUUCGCGGAGAAGAAGUGAGGGAGGCACUGUUCGCUAUGUUUCCAGACAAGUCGCCAGGACCGGAUGGGCUGAGCCCGGGAUUUUAUCAGCACUACUGGGACGUGGUAGGCCCGGAUGUGAUUAAUUUUUGCAAGGAAGUUUUCGAAACAGGUAAACUCCCUCAAAAAAUUAAUCAUACGAAUAUUGUAUUAAUCCCGAAAAAAGAUAAACCGGAGGUUAUUGGUGACUGGAGACCUAUAGCCCUCUGCAAUGUGAUUUAUAAGAUUUUCUCUAAGCUUCUGGCUAACAGAAUGAAAAAAUGGCUUCACCUGUGUAUCUCAGAACAACAGAGUGCAUUUAUACCAGGUAGACAUAUUGUGGAUAAUAUUAUUUUGGCUUUCGAAUCCCAACAUUUCUUAAAACGGAAGCGCCAGGGUAAGACAGGGUUAGUAGCCCUUAAGCUAGAUAUGAGUAAGGCAUAUGACAGAGUUGAAUGGCCCUUUUUGGAAGGGAUGAUGAGGCAUUUGGGUUUUGAAGAAAGAUGGGUGCGGUUAGUGAUGGAGUGUGUCACUUCUGUUUCGUAUUCAAUUCCUUUUGGUGAUGAGGAUAUAGAACCAUCUCGUCCGGGGAGGGGGCUGCGGCAAGGAGAUCCCCUAUCGCCAUACUUGUUUCUUCUAGUCGCAGAAGACCUUAGUGUACUUCUUCGUAGAUAUGAGACCUUGGGCCGUAUUCAUGGAGCUACGGUCGCUCGUGGGGCGCCGAUGAUUUCUCACUUGUUUUUUGCAGAUGAUAGUCUGCUAUUUUUUAGAGCUACACAUGAUGAGGCAGCUCUUGUCAAAGAAUCGUUAGCAGAUUAUGAAGGGGCUUCGGGUCAGGUAAUUAAUUUUAAUAAAUCCAAAGUCUUUUUCAGUUCUAAUGUUGGGGAUGAUUGCAAGGAGGGUCUGACUGAUCUGCUCGGGGUGGAGUUGGCUGGGAAAGAUGAGAGGUAUUUGGGGUUACCGACUCUGGUUGGGAGAGGGAAGACUGAAAUUUUGAGUUAUAUUAGACAAAGGGUGGUUAAUCGUAUCCAUAACUGGAACAAUAAAUUCUUGUCAAAAGCGGGGCGAGAGGUUCUUUUAAAAUCUGUUAUCCAGGCUAUGCCUACCUACGCUAUGAAUGUUUUUUUACUGCCCAAUGAAUUAUGUAGAGAGAUUGAAGUUUUAAUGAACGGUUACUGGUGGAAGGGUAAGUCUGGGAAAGGCAUCCGUUGGAAGGAUUGGGCUUCUUUAAGUAAACCAAAAAAGAACGGGGGAAUGGGGUUUAGGAGGUUACGGGAGUUCAAUCUAGCUAUGUUAGCUAAACAAGCUUGGAGAAUUUUUACUAACCCCGGGUCGCUGGUUAGUAGAGUUUUUAAGGCCCGCUACUAUCCUAAAAGGGAUUUUUUGUCUGCCUCCCUGGGUUAUAAUCCCUCAUUUAUUUGGAGGAGUUUGUUUGAGACCCAAAAAAUUAUUAAAGGGGGUUAUAAAUGGAGGGUAGGGGAUGGUAAAUCUAUUAAUAUUUGGGAAGAUCCUUGGUUACCUGAUAGGGAGAAUCCUAAGGUUACUUCUGAUGUUGGUUUGGGGUUGGAACAAGCGGUGGUUGCAAAUUUAAUGGACGAAUCGGGGAAGACGUGGGAUAUGGAUGUACUGAGGGAUUUGUUUGACAGCAGGGAUUUGGGUCUGAUUCAGAGCAUCCCGAUUAGCAUUCGGCCGGUGUCAGAUGUACCCUGUUGGAGGUGGGAAGAAGACGGUCGAUUUUCGGUUAGGAGCUGCUAUCGAAAUUUAAUUGGCGAAUUUUGUUCUACGGGGGGGAUGGAGUGGAAUGUUAUGUGGUCUUGGAAUCUUCCUCCAAAAAUUAAAUCCUUUUUCUGGCAGGUGUGCAGCGGGUGUCUCCCGACGAAGAAGAACUUGAGUUCUCGCCGAGUGGACUGUUCAGAUCAGUGUGGUUUGUGUGGCACUUUAGGGGAAUCUUUAUCUCACAUUUUUUGGACUGUAUUGUAGCAAAGCAAGCUUGGUCGAAGAUUGCGUGGAGAUGGACUAAUUCUGGUGCCAUUCACUUCUUGGAGCAGGUGCAGCAAGAAUUUCAGGUUCGGAGGAAGAAGGAUUUGAUGAAAAUUAUUUGGGGCUGUUGGGGGAUUUGGUGCGAGAGGAAUCAUCGAAUCUGGCAGAACACUUCCUCUUUACCGCAGUAGUUUAUGCUCAAAGCGGAAGCUUUCGUGGUUGGAUGGCAGCAGGUACAAUCAGCCCGAGGGGGAGGUCGGUCGGGGAGGCAGCCCUCUGUUAUUGCUUGGCGUUGUCCUGCAGCGGGGAGGGUGAAACUUAACACGGAUGCUGCUGUCCGUACAGACUCCUGUGGGUUCGGGUGGUGCUUACGAGAUGAAGAGGGCAGGUUCGUGGCAGGGGCUGCUCAACCGUGGUUUGGGAGUUUAUCGCCGUUGGAAGCUGAAUUAAUGGGGAUUAGAGAAGCUCUUAGAUGGCUGCAGAAUUUGGAGUGGCCCAAUGUUGAUGUUGAAUCUGAUGCAUCCCGUGCCAUUUCAGAGAUCAUUAAUGGCUCUAGCUGCUCUUCUAUUGGAUUAAUUGCUGAAGAUAUAAGAGAUAUUGCGAAUCGUUUUUCUAGUAUUUCGUUUUCUCAUGUUGGGCGAUCAGCGAAUAAGCUAGCUCAUACCAUUGCUAGAGCUGCUUGUUCUGUGUCUGAUUUGCAUUCUUGGUUUUAUGCUCCUCCAUCCUUUAUUCUCUC